CCAUAGAACUUAAACCCUAAACCCCUUUCCACUCUCACUCUUUCUUCUUCUCCGAUCACUCACCCCCCACCAUUACACCCAUAAAUAUGUCCUCUGCCCUCAUCGACCGCCCCAGAAUCCUCUCGAAGCUUCUAUGCCGCCUCAUCCUCGCCCAAAACAUGGGCGGCGGGCCCCGCACCUUCCCCGGCGGCGUCACCAAGUGGAAAUGGAAGCGCAUGCACGAGAAGCGCGCCAAGGACAAAGAGCGACGCCUCCUCGAUCAAGAAAAGCAGCUCUACCAGGCCCGCCUCCGCUCCCAAAUCCGGGCCGACCUCGUCGCUCAACCCGACCCGGCUCCAGAAACCAACCCCCACCACCGCCACGUCAAAUCCCUCGCCGAUCGCUUCACGAAGGACGGCGCCGAGGAUCUCUGGAACGAACACGACGGCCCGCUCCACUCGCCGCCGCCGCCGAAAUCGAUUCCGGUUGGCCUGGGGAAGCUGAUACCUGGGGGUCGGAAUUUGGCGGGAAAUGAGAGGAAUUGGAGUAGCUGUGUCAGCAGCAGGAGCUACUCGGCGCAGAGUAGAGGGAUGUUUAAGAGGAAUGAGGAUUCGAGUGAUGAUUCGGAUAGUGAGGCAAUGCAGCCGUUUUGGGAGGGUGGAAAUGGGAGCGGGGAUCGGAAAUCGGAGAUAAAUGCGAGGAGAUUUGGGAGUAGUGCUUCACUGGGGAAGUAUGAUAGGAAGGUGAUUAAGAGGAGAGUGCCGCUUAGUGCGGUGGAAGAUGAGUGUGGCGAUUUUGCGCAGCAGGUUGAGUCCAUUAGGUGUGAGCUGAGUAAGAAGAAGGAGGCUGGGAGUGAAAGAGAGGAGGAGGGGUUGAUUUUGAGUGACAAGAGAUUUGAUGAGUGUGGGAUAUCUCUGUUGACAGUGAAGGCAUUGUCUGCUGCAGGGUAUGUUCGAAUGACUAGAGUUCAGGAGGCUGCUCUUUCGGCUUGCCUUGAGGGAAAUGAUGUUUUGGUGAAAGCUAAAACUGGCACUGGAAAAACUGCUGCCUUUUUGCUUCCUGCUAUUGAAGCAGUUGUGAAGGGUAUGGCCGGCAAUACCAAUCAACGGGUGUCUCCAAUAUUUGUUCUUAUCCUCUGCCCCUCAAGAGAACUUGCAAGUCAGAUAGCUGCAGAAACAAGUGUUGUUGAUGAAGCUGGCCACUUACUAGACCUAGGAUUCCGGAAGGACAUAGAGAAAAUUGUUGAUUGUUUGCCUCGUAAGAGACAGUCCCUGCUCUUUACCGCGACACUCCCAAAAGAGGUUCGCCGCAUAUCUCAGCUUGUUUUGAAAAAGGAUCAUGCUUUCAUUGAUACAGUGGGAUUAGGCUCCAUAGAAACUCAUGCUAAGGUCAAACAGUCCUAUCUUGUUGUAUCACAUGACUUGCAUUUCCAAAUAGUUCACCAUCUGUUGAAGGAGCAUAUCUGGCAAUCACCCAACUACAAGGCUAUUGUCUUCUGUACGACUGUAAUGGUAACUUCCCUCCUCUACCUCCUUCUCCGUGAAAUGAAAAUGAAUGUUAGGGAGAUACAUUCUAGAAAGCCUCAAUUGUAUCGAACUCGUAUCUCUGAGGAAUUUAAGGACUCAAAGCAAAUGAUUCUUGUUACCUCUGAUGUAUCAGCACAUGGAAUGAACUAUCCUGAUGUUACAUUGGUCAUUCAGGUGGGUAUUCCAUCUGACCGGGAACAAUAUUUACACCGUCUUGGAAGAACAGGGAGGGAAGGCAAAGAAGGAGAAGGCAUACUGUUGCUUGCACCAUGGGAGGAGUAUUUUCUGGAUGAAUUAAAAGAUUUGCCCCUUGAAAAAUUUCCUUCAGUGCGAUUGGAUCCAGGCACUAAACUCAAGAUUGAGGAUUCAAUGACCAAGGUAGACAGUAGUGUUAAGGAAGGCGCCUAUCAUGCUUGGCUUGGCUACUUCAACUCGAUCAGGGAAACUGGUAGGGAUAAAACUACACUAGUUGAGCAAGCCAACCUCUUUUGUCAGUCAAUUGGUUUGCAAAAUCCUCCUUCUCUCUUUCAAAAGACAGCAUUGAAGAUGGGUUUAAAAGAUAUUCCUGGCAUAAAAAUACGAAAGUAGCAGACAAUUGGAAAACAAGAUUAAGCAACCUGCUGACUGCGGUGACUGGGAGAGGAAGACCAGAAUUAAAGGAACUUCAUUCUCUUUCAAGUCGUGAAACAGGUUCAGCUAGUUCCAGUUGUUCCUUUUCUCAAAUUGUCUUAUGUUUAUGCCUGGUUUAGCCAAGAACUAUAGUCCAUAUAAACUUUAGGCAGAAGCAUCAUAUUUGCUCGUAUUGCAUCAUGAUCUGUAGUUUGGCCACACAAGUAUAUGCCGCAUUGUACAUUGUACCUUUAUUCUGUUUAUAAUAUAAUCUGAAGUUAUAUCUUUUUCGUCACUCCCUUUUUUUCUUCCGAUGAAGAAAUCAAACAAGUAACUUAAACCUUGUUAAGGUUUUACUUUCAGAUUACAUGUUCAAGUCAACAUGUUGAGAACAGUUUAUGAUUGGUCAGGACUUUAAUAUGUAACCUAAAAUAACAAAAUUGCCAGCAUCAAUACUACAUUUAGCUGUUACUAUAUGAAGAAUAUAAUUUCUGUUCUUAGGAGUUGUUUUCAUGGUUUUACAUCAGGAUUCAUAUGAUAUAUUAGUUACCAAAUGAGACAUGAUUAAUAA